AGUUUGCACUAGAGAACAAAAGGAGGAACAGCAGCAGGCCUUAUAUGCAGAAUCCCAGCCAUCCUCGUUGAGCUCAGGGAUUGGCUGGUGCUUCAGUAAAGUUACAGUUCAGAUUUUACAAGCUUGGUUUGAAGUCUUCUUCCUGAAAUGGAGAGGUCAAUGCAUGAGUGGCCCACCCCUCCUCAGGAGCAGAAGACUCCCACUGACCACAGCACAUCGUCUGGCACUAUCAGUCCACUUGGAUCUGGAGAGGACUUUUCAGCCACAGCCGUCUGUACGGAAAUUUGUUUUAUUGAAGAAAGCAGUGAUUGGGGGGGAAUAAGUGGCGUUAUAUGAAGAACUUUGUUGGACCAUCAUCAUGUCGCUGAUGUUUGGGAAGGUGAAGCCGUGUAACUGUGCUGCAGCUGCUGACAGAAGUCCAGCCCAGUGUAACCUGGUGCUGCUCGGUGUGACGGGCUCCGGGAAAUCAGCACUGACUGUCAAAUUCCUCACAAAGCGCUUCAUCAGUGAAUAUGACCCUCAUCUAGAGGAUAUCUACUCAUCAGAAGAGACGGUGGACCAGCAGCCAGUCACAGUGAGAGUGAUGGACACCUGUGAUCAGGAGGGUCCAGUGAACAGCGAGCGUUAUCUGUCGUGGGCCAGUGCCUUCCUCGUCGUCUACAGUAUCAACAACAUGGAGAGCUUUAAAGGCUGCCAGCUGUACCUGCACACACUCGCCCUGCACAACAAAACUCCCAUCAUGCUGCUGGGGAACAAACUGGACAUGGACAGAUACAGGCAGGUGAGUCGCUGUGAUGGCGAGCUGCUGGCGUCUCGUUUCGGCUGUGUGUUCUUCGAGGUGUCGGCCUGUCAGGACUUCCUGUCUGUGCAGCGUGUCUUCCACGAGGCGGUGAGGAGGGGGAGGAGUCUGGUUCCAGCUGUCUACAUCAGCGCUGUCCCCUCCUUCCCCCCCACCUGCUACACGGAGCUGCCUGCCCCCACCACUGCCACCGCCACACUGCUCACCGUGAAGACUUCCAGAGCGCAGAGCAGACGCAAGGCUGCCACACUCACCCUGCUCAAAGGCUUCAAGAUCUUCUGACUGCCCGCAGACACAGGGUGGACACAAUAACAUGAACAACUGUACAGUGUACCAAGCUCCGGUGUACCCAGCUUUUGUUAAAACAUGAAGGGGAGCAUCAAAACACUUAAUUUCCUGCAUUUCUAUGCAUCAAUACAUGGUGGAAAUGGAAAACACAAAAUUCCUUUGGCAGGUGACAAUUUAAAAUAUAAAAACAUAAUGGAAUAUAAUGCAGUGAGGCUCUCAGGCAUUCUGUAUUUCUUUCAAACCUUUAUAAUUUAUUCUCCUGUCGAUUAACUUUUGUCAUCAGUCUUAUCUCUGCUGAGUCACUCAGCACACAUGCAGGCAGGAUUUACUCUUCCCUGCUCUUUGUGUUUUUUGUUGGGAACAGAACCUUUAUAAAUGUGCAUGUGGCAUAUUCAUCUCAAUACAUUCAUUCAUUUUAAUUUCAUUCAUAAACGCCUCAGAUGUGUUUCAGCCAGAUUUCUGCUCAUGUUGGAGAGUUGUAAUAUUUUGAGAAAAAAGUCAUAUUGGGAAAAUAAAGUUGUAAUUUAAUGAAAAUAAAGUCACAAUAUUUCAAGCAGAAAUCCCCCUGCCCUGUAGUCUGCUGUGCUAUUGGAUGUGUUAUUGGAACAAAAAAAGAUUCAUCCUGGCCUCCCUCCAUUGGCUUUAAUUGUCUAAUUUUAAUUUGCUUUACAUCUUUACAUGGCUGGGCUCCACACUAUAUGUCACUAUAUGUCCCCUCCAGGUCUCUCUGAGUGAAGAGCUGCCCCUCCAUGUGACGAUGCCCCCCACCCCCCUCGGCCUGGUUUGACCUCCCGUCUAAAGACACACUAUAACCCAGCAUGAGAGUUCUCCUUAUCCCUGGAUUGAUUGUUUCUCUCUGCGUAUAUAUCAAUCCCUGUGUUUUCAUAUAUUUUAUUUAUUAUUUUUAUAUAAUAUUGUCUCUCUGUUACUAUAACCCUUUUUGCUUCUUGACUGUGCAGCACUUUGGCUCAUUUCUGUUGUUUUUAAAUGUGCUUUAUAAAUAAAGUUGGAUUGGAUAAUCGCU